GUGCGGCCCCGCCCCUCCUCCUUGCGGCGCUCUAGGGACCAUGGCCGAUCCUCGCGUGAGACAGAUCAAGAUCAAGACAGGCGUGGUGAAGCGAUUGGUCAAAGAAAAAGUGAUGUAUGAGAAAGAAGCAAAGCAGCAAGAAGAAAAGAUUGAAAAAAUGAAGGCUGAAGAUGGUGAGAACUACGCCAUUAAGAAGCAGGCAGAAAUCCUUCAAGAAUCUCGGAUGAUGAUCCCAGAUUGCCAGCGCCGGUUAGAGGCUGCAUAUACCGAUCUUCAGCAGAUACUAGAAAGUGAAAAAGAUUUGGAAGAAGCUGAGGAGUAUAAAGAAGCACGUGUAGUUCUGGAUUCAGUGAAGUUAGAAGCCUGAAAUUUUUCUGUACAGGGUGUUUUUUUGCAUUAAAUCCUGGGGUCCAUUCUACAGUUUGUUAUCUUGCCACUGCUGUGUUUAGUAAUAUGAAAAUGUGGUUCUUUGUAUGCAGUCGCAUAUAUUUUUCUUUGCAUAACUUAAUGUGUCAAAUAAAUGAGUUCACCUAAUAAAAUUGUUUAUUUCAUACUUUACAAAAUUUUCAGUUGACCACUCAGUUAAAUGGUUGUUCAUUAAAUCAGAUAGGUGUUUUGAACAGAUACCAGUUUCUGUCUGAAGUUGAAAUAUUUUGUAACUGUAGAUUGGUUUAAAGAUCAAGCACAUCAGCUGAGAGGCGCUAGGGAGGAGCCCAUCCGUGCGGCUGUGGGAAGUCCACGUCAGUGCUAGGCAAAGACUCGUACACUGCUGCUCACCCCCAUUGAGUCUCUGUAAGUGAUCCCAAUAAAUUCAUGUGUUCCCCAGAUCGAAUUUUGGUGGACUCAUGCUUU